CCACGAUCCGGGGCCGGCCUCAUGUUUCUUAUAAAAGACGGGUCUGCUCGAACGAGAGUGUCACAGAGGCGGCGACUUGUCUUGAAACACUUUUUGUUUAUUUUAUUUUUUGUUUGUUUCUCUCUUCGACGCUCCCUCCACACACCCGCCUUGCGACAAUAGUUAUAAUAAAAAGGAUCCGGUACGUGAGAGUACCGUACGCGUCUGUAUUUGUAGCCGAAACGACGAGUCGUUCGCGAAAUAGCGCGAUAAACUUGUUUCCCUUUACUUACGUUACGAAAAGAUACGUUGGGAAAUUUACCAAGGGCUGCGUGGUUUCUCAGUUCGGUACACUUUAGUGUACUAUUAGAAGUGCAGGGUGGUGGUGAAAAACACUCGGUUGUAAGGCGGCUCUGCAUAAAUACUGCGGAGAAACUGAUUUUUUACGCAGUGACUAUCUCGCACAUUGCACUUACACGUACGUGUGUGUGUGUGGAUACAGACACACGUACGUGCAUUAUAUCAUACUGACUUAACGCGGCGUGCGUUAAGCCUCACUAUAGACUGGCAGACGGGCAACAGACGCGGGCAUUGUACAGGGCCGCCAGCACGUCUGUGCGUACAGCUCAUCGCAGACGAGAGGCGGCAGCAGGCACGGUAGAGCAGCAACAGAGACAGGCAGACACAGCCGUGUGUGUGCCCCCCACCCCCGCCGGUAACCACACCACUCCCAUCAACCACCACAAUGCGCCGCAGUCUCCUCCACACGUUCCAACCGCGGCCGCCGCCGCAGCUUCUUCUUCUGCUGCUGCUGCUGCGGGUCGCUCUGCCCGUCGCCGGUGCCAGCGUCUCCUCCUCGUCCUCGUCGUCCUCGUCCUCGUCGUCGCCGUCUGACGAUGCGGCCGUGCGAUGCGAGCCGUGCGACGCAGCAGCGCUGGCCGUGUGCGGCGAGCCUCCGUCGGGCUGCGCCGAGACGGUGCGGGAGCCCGGCUGCGGCUGCUGCCUCACGUGCGCGCUGCUCGCCGGCGACGCGUGCGGCGUCUACACGGAGCGCUGCGGCGAGGGGCUCGGGUGCAGCCCGGCCCCCGGGGAACGGCGGCCCCUCCAGGCGCUGCUCGACGGCCGCGGCGUCUGCACGAACCUCACGGUCUACAGGCUGCACCAGCAGCGGCAAGGGGAGGGAGCGACGGCAGCGGCGGGUGCUAAUCCCAACGAGAGCGGGCAGGGCACUGUGAACUCGAGCGAAGAGGCAGAGUCUGCGACGAUGCUGCCGGUUGAGACUGCACGCAUCACCACGCAUCCGCCCAGGCCACACAACCGGCUCCUGGAGGCGGAACUCAAGAAGCUUCGCACCGGCAUGAAGACCUUGGACCAGAAGGAGAAGGGGGACACGCGCAUCCACCAAAUGCUCAGCAAACACCACGAGAAUGAUUAUGGACCGUGCCGCAAAAACAUGGAGAACAUUUUGGAGAAUCUGAAAAGCAUGUCACAACUGAGUCCGAAAGGCAUUUACAUUCCAAACUGCGACAAGAAGGGCUACUACAAGAAGAAGCAGUGCAAGCCAUCGCGGGGCAGGCAACGUGGCCUCUGCUGGUGUGUGGACAAGUAUGGCCAGCAGCUGCCAGGCUCGGAGUCGCAGAAGGGAGACGUGCAUUGUCAUACUCAGGAGAGUGAUUAGGCACCGAGAUGGAGCAGAGCUAUUAAGGCAUAGGAUGGGAACGAAUGGACUUAAGCCGACAAGGUGAAUAGUGAGGGCAGUUCGGCUUUAAUGGUUAGUUAACAUGUUGAGGUAGUUGUAGGUUUUUAUGUUUUGUUACUGGCUUCAUCUGAGAUGAGGCGAUAUCCAUUCCAUACUGGAAGACGUUGUGGUGUGUUUGUGACUCUGCACUGUCCUCGUGACUGCUCCAGAGAGCUGGAGACGGAGCCUGCAAGAAGUCCUGGGGAAGAGGCGUUUUCAUCUUUAUUGUUUUUAACCUUACAGAAAUAAACUUGAAAUUAUGGUUUUCAGCCAGGGCUGCCAAUUAUAAGUAACAGUUGUAAAUGUUUAUAUUUGAUGCCAUGUUAUUUCUUUGAAGGAUUGAGAUUGCUUUAAUGGUUUCUCUGUGGCUUGUUUUGUGGAUUGAAUCUAAAACCUGUAAUUUAACAGCCAGAUGUUUGCAAUUAAAACACAUCAUGAAACACAGUAUGCUUCAUAGGUUAGGACACUGGAAGGAUCAGUGUUGGGAUAUACAAAUUCACACAUACUUUUUCCGCCUUUGAAAGAUUCUUGUCUAAAAGUCCCCACCAGCUGGUGAUUUUGUUUAUGUUUUUUGGCAGCCCUCGCCACUGUGUACAUGGAAAACCUGGUGUGUAAUCCAUCUGUAGACAUAUAAUCCAUCUUUACAUCAGCAUUAAGUUAAAUGUAUAUCGUCAACCUUUAUCAACAAUUACUGCUCCUGUUCAGAUUUUUACAUUUAACAACUGUGACUUCUCUUCAUACCUUGGGCCAAAUUUGACAGCUCUUAAACCAAACGGGGAGUGCUAUCCUUUUCUAUUUAAGUUAUUUUAUUUUAAGAUAUAUUUGCCUUUGUUUGUAAACUUGAAGUAAUACUUCAGCUAUUUAUGCGUUUUUCUAAUUUAAAUCAUGGUGUAUCAUUUUUGUAAUAAGUUCUUGUAUUGUGUAUUUAAAGAUUCAGUCUAAUUAAAAAUAUUUAGAAAUUAUGUGUUUUUUUUAUUUGUGGCCUUUAAGCAAACUUUACAUUUCUAUAGUUCAUGUUUGUGAAAAAAAAAUCUAAUUCACAGUUUUACUGCAUACUAGCCAACAGAUUAAACUUAACAGAUACCAUCAGAACAUGG